AUGGUGCCAGAGUACGGCGACCCGCUCUUCGACAAGAGCGUCUUGGAAAUGUUCGCCUCCGGGACGGAGUGCGUCGCUGACGUGGAGCAGUCCCGCGUCCUCUGGGACCACGGGUACGACGUGUUGGACGUCAGGGACGAGCACGAGAUUGAGUUCUUCGGCGAUUUCCCGAACCCGCCCCCGGGGACGAUCGGCGGGGUGUUCGAGACGAUCGUGGUGUCGGGUCCGAACAAGGCUGGCGGGAAGGUGUUCGCAAACAAGACCCGCAACCGCGGGUUCGAGGAGGCCGUCAUCACCGCGUUCCCGAACAAGGAGGACGCCAAGAUAAUCGUCAGCUGCAGCGACGGGCGGCAGCGCGCGGUCGCCGCGCUGGAGGCGCUGGAACAACUCGGGUACAAAAAUCUCGUCCUGCUCAAGGGCGGGUUCAACCUUUACAACCGCCACUGGACCAAGAAGCUGGGGCGGAGGCUGCCGAACGGGACGUUCAGGGCCAACAACAUGGCCCCCGGGGACGUGCAGGGGUACGGCCACAUGCCCGAGAUGAACAACGCCAACGACGCCAUCGAAUUCGGUCCGUGGAAAGAUGCCACCGACUGGAAAACCGCCCUCGGAUGCGCGUCGGCGUCGGAGGAGCGCUGCGAGGCUUCGUUCGCGUGA